UUGCAGGACUUUGGGCUGGCUCACUUUGAGCUCUGUGGCAGGGAGCUCAGAGAAUCUGGGAUUUGGCUCUCAGGGCAGCAUCACAAGGCAGCAGAAGCUCCCAGCUGGCUGGUGAGCCAAGGAACGUGUCUCCAGCCAGGGGGCAGUGUGCUGGGAAUCAGGGCUGCAGCCCCCUCUUCAGUUCAUGGAGUGCAAGGGUUUUCCAGCUGUUCCUGCCUCUCCCCUGCGAGGCUCUGUCGCAGCCCAAGAUCUCCCCCGGCUUUGUGUGCUGAAGAGACCCAGCAGCAAGUUCUUCUCCCAAAAUGAUGGAAAAUGAAGUGUUCCUGUCAUUCACGUUCUACAGCACGAUUCUGAUUUUAAAAAUGUAUGUCGUUGCCAUCAUUACCGGCCAAGUGAGACUCAGAAAGAAGGCAUUUGCAAACCCAGAGGACGCCCUGCGCAAUGGGGGCCUGCAGUUCUACCGCCAGGACCCUGACGUGGAGCGGUGCCGCAGGGCCCACCGCAACGACAUGGAGAACAUCUUUCCCUUCCUCUUCCUCGGAGCCAUCUACUCUCUGCUGGAUCCCAGUCCCACCGUGGCCAGGAUCCACUUCCUCAUCUUCUGUGUGGGAAGGAUCGUGCACACCAUUGCCUACCUGCUGCAGCUGAGGGCUCCCACCCGCUCCGUGGCCUACGGCGUGGCCCAGCUGCCCUGCUUCUCCAUGGCCCUUCAGAUCCUGCUGGCCACCACCCCACACUGGUAACAGCCAGGGAGAGCCAGCACCCAAACCCCCUCACCCUGACUCUGCUGGGCCCCUGGAGUGGGAGAGAGUGAGAGAGAAUGAGUGUGUGUGUGUGAGUGUGUGUGUGAGAUGCCAGCAGGGAGGUCACCUGCACCCUGAGGAUGUUCAGUGCAGCCUUGAUGCCAUCAGGAUUUGUCAGAGGAGGCACCAGAGAGCAGGGAAAUGCAGGAAGGGAGGUUUCUGUCUCUCCUGCUGAGGAUGAGAGGUGGAAAGCACAUGGACUACUCCUUGAGGAAUGGGGUCAUUGAAGGGAAGGUUUUCUGUGUUUGGAACUGUGACUGUGGCCUUUUCCUCCUGGUCAUGGAUAUCCCAUGAAUCAGACAGGGAUCCCACAAAGUCUCACAAAGGGAUCCCAUGAAUCAUGAGGGUGCCACAAAGUCUCUUAGUCAGCAGAUGUGGUUGGUAGCAGAGGUUAUAAAGCAGCCUCCCUUCUCCUGCCCAGCCACGUGCAUCUCUGGGAAUGUCAGUCCCUUAGCACUUAGUCCCUUAGGUUCCCUCUCCACCAAGGAGCACAGGAGGCUGGUGCCUUCCAGGCAGGCUGACAGGGAAGUCAGAACCCCAGGGGUGAUGUUGUGAAGCCAUUGGAGCAUUCAGUGCUCCCAGUGCCACCUUGUGUGACACCAUAGCCCACAGCUCCCUGCCAGGAGCCCCAGUGCAGCAGGACCUGGAGCUCCUGGCAGCUCCCAGCCAGCACAGCUGAGGCUUUUCCAUCUCAGCCUCAUCACAGCAGGAUGCAGAGUGACAUGCCUGGAGGAGCCAGCAGGAAUCCUUUACCCUGGACACACAGCCUGAACACAUUUGCCGGACACAAAGUUCUGGGGCUUCUGGAAUGUCUGAAAUGCUGGCACAAAACGGGGGCUUUGCAGACAGGGUUUUCUCCCAAAGGGCAGUCUAGUCCACAUGCCACUAAUACCUGAAAAUGCCCCAGAGCAUCAGACUGAGUUUCUCACCCCCCCCGUUUGUAGCCUUUCUCUUGCUGUUGCUAUUUGGGAAAUGUGCCCUGAUUGCCUUGGGGGAGUUUUCUUUCAGCAGCUUCCUGCUGUCCACUGCUGCCUUUCACAGCCUGGAGCAGCUGGUGUUUGCAGAAAGCUCUGGAAAUGAGCAGAGGGGCUUUGCAGGGAGCAUUGCUGAUCUGCAGGGUCACCCAAAAGUGUUGGGGAGGAGAGGCAGGGACCAGGGCACUGCAUGGUGACAAGGGCCCGUGGGCUGCUCUGCCCCACAGCUGUCCUCAGGUGCCAGCAGCAGCAGAAAUGGAGCAUCCCUCUGGAGGAGAAGGAGGAGGAAACCUCUGCUCUUCAGUGCCUCCUCCCUCCUCUGAGGGCAGCACAGAGUCUGAAUAGCAUCACAGGGGCAGGCCAGAAUGAGUAGAAAAUAAAUUCCCCUCCCACCUGUCCCAUGCACUAAGGCUGAAAUUCCCCUCCCACCUGUCCUGUGCCCUGAGUCUGUUCCCUUGACUCUGCUUUGCUCAGAGAUCUCUUGCUGAGCCCUCACUGAGCACUGGGGACACACCUGCUCACACUGGGGACACACCUGCUCACACUGAUGCUCAGCCUUUGCCCAGCUCAGGUAGAGGUUUCUGUACCAGUAACUCCAUCCCAGAGCAGUUGUGGCCUCAGGCUGAGCUGUGUGGUGAAGGUUGGGGUGGAAUUCUUUGCUCUCCCACUGCGAGGAAGGUGGGCAGGAUUGCAGGUUCAGCACUUCAUUCUUGGCCAAUCCUUCCCACAGAUAUUUGGGUGACACAGACCCCUCUUAACAAAUCUUUUCUGCCUCACGUGGUGCACAAGGUCUUGCACUGCUGUAUGUUUCUCUGCUGCUGCACAUGCAUCCUGGUGGCAGGAAGCAAAUAUUCCCAAUAAAAACAAAUCAUUGUGCUCUGA